GACAGCUCUUCCACCAGUCUUAAUAACAACACUUCUCAACGUUCUGACCUCGUUCUAAACCUCACUUGGCUUGAAUAACUUCUUGCCACUUUGCUUCGCCACCUUCGACCAAGAUGGAUGCUUACUCCAUGUCCGUUGCUAGUGCUUCCCAUAAGAGCACCUCGAGGAUAUAUCAAGAUUUGAAAUCAUCCAGGUUACAUACAGUCUCGAGUUUCGGUUUUGACAAGUUGUCGAGUCGGUUCAGCAUUCUGAACAGUUCUUUCAAGGUACAUAAACCCAGGAAUUCCGUUAAUUCGAGAUAUACUCACGUUGAAGUAGUCUGGCACAAUGGAUUCUACAAAAAGACCCCAUGUUGGCAUUGUGGGAGCAGGCAUGGCGGGUUUGCGGAGCGCCGGCUAUCUACUCGAACUCGGCUUCCAAGUCACCAUUCUGGAGGCAAGAGACCGUCUCGGCGGAAGGAUAUAUCAAGAAAAGCUCCCCAACGGCCAUUUUGUGGACAUGGGAGCGAAUUGGAUUCAUGGAACGAAAGAAAACUCCAUCUUUCAGCUCGCCAAGGAAACAGGCACUAUCACGACGAACUGGGACGGCGACGCAGCAGUGUUUGAUGAACACGGCGAUAUACUUCCAGUGAAGGACAGCGAGAGGUAUUCCACGAUAAUGUGGAAUAUCAUUGCGGAGGCUUUUCAGUACUCGGACAAGCAUAGUGCCGACAUUGACAGCAACCGAUCACUGUUGGAUUUCUUCAAAGAGAAAGUGGCAGAGCAGAUUCCGGAGACAGAAGAGGAUUAUGCAAGGAAAAGGAAGAUUGUGCUCCAGAUGGCAGAAUUAUGGGGCGCAUUCGUGGGCAGUCCUGUUGAGAAACAGAGCCUCAAGUUCUUUUGGCUGGAGGAGUGUCUGGACGGAGAAAACCUCUUUUGCUCCGGCACCUACCGGAAAAUCAUGGAAAAGAUCGUAGCCCCCGUCGUAGACGGCGGUGCCGAUAUCAAACUCCAAACCAGAGUCGCUGAAAUCUUUGGCAAGUCCAGCACAGGCAGCAACACCGUCAAAGUCAAAACAACCGACAACCAAUACUACGAGUUCGACGAACUCGUCCUCACCACCCCUCUAGGCUGGCUCAAGCAAAACCUCCAGGCUUUCCACCCCCCACUCCCUCCCCGCCUAACGACCGCCAUUCAAAGCAUCGGCUACGGUUGUCUCGAAAAAGUCUACAUCUCUUUUCCCAAAGCCUUUUGGCUCGAACCCGACGCCUCCAACAACAACAACAACGACGACAAUAACAACAAGAACAACCGCACAGUCAAAGGUUUCUGCCAAUGGCUCUCGCCCUCCUACGCCUCCGCGACCAAUCCCUCCCGCUGGACCAACGAGAUCGUCGAGCUCGGCUCCAUCGACCCGUCCGUCGCCCACCCGACUCUGCUUUUUUACAUCUACGGCGCCGAGUCCGAGUACGUAACCUCCAAGGUCCGCUCCCUUUCCUCUUCUUCCUCUUCCACUUCCUCCAGUGCCGAGUUCAGUGCCGAUAAGAACGGCUCCAUCCCCUCCGACCAAAACUCGGCGGCUCAACAAUUCCUCUACGACUUCUUCAAACCCUACUACUCCCUCCUUCCCUCCUACAGCCCCACCGACCCCAACUGCCAGCCGAGCGGGUGUCUAGCCACGGACUGGCUGCAUGAUGAUCUGGCGGGUAACGGGAGCUACUGUAAUUUCCAGGUGGGACUGCAGGAAGGGGACAAGGACAUUCUGGCCAUGAGGCAUGGUGUGCCGGAGGAAGGGGUGUGGAUGGCGGGCGAACAUACGGCGACGUUUGUGGCGCUGGGGACGGUGACGGGGGCGUAUUGGAGUGGUGAGGAUGUGGCGAGACGGAUUGCGGAGGGGUAUGGGAGGGGGGUUGCUGCCGGUGCUGGUGCUGGUGCUGGUGCUGGGGAGAGGGAGGCGGCUGUUUGAUUUUGAGAUGAGGAUGAGGGUGUUAGGUGAACGAACGUGUAUGACGGUUUGGAGAUGAGGUUCAGCCGGCAGGAGUUUUGGGAUAUGUUGGUUUGUGGGUACAGAUAGCGGUUCUUAUUU